AAAAAAGAAAGUUUUUCUGUGUUAAUUAAAGUGCACUUAAUAGUUUAAAUGUUAGUUAGAUAACGAAAUUAAUUUCUAUAUCCUGGCCCCAAGAAUGCGAUUGUGAUUUAUUGCUGCGGGCGGUGCUAUAAGAUGUGACAGAAAAAAAAAGAUAUAAAAACUUUAUGAAAUGUAAAACAGCAGAAGGAAGAAGAAGAAGGAAUUAAAAGUAUAAAAAUUUUUGUAAAUAUAUAAUCUGUGUGAAAUUAGAAACAGUUAACUGAUUAAACUACAAAAUAAUGAUGAAAAAUCGAUAAAAUGAUCAUAAAAAUGAUCGAUGCUGGAUCAUGCAUCGUAACAAAUGGUUUCAGUGCUUUGGAUGUUAUGACAAAAUAGGAUUGGAUUAUCUUAAUGUUAUGGAUUACUAUGAGAGUAUGGACGAUAAUUUAUCGUUACCGAAAUUGAGUAGCCAUGAUGACGACGGUACUGAUUCACGGAAAAGAGAAGUGCCACAAUUUGAACCCAUUCCACAUGAUCACGAUUUCUGUGAACGCGUUGUUAUUAAUGUUAGCGGCUUGAAAUUCGAAACCCAAUUGCGAGCAUUGAAUCAAUUUCCCGAUACGCUGCUUGGUGAUCCAAAUCGCCGCAUACGAUAUUUUGAUCCGCUCCGCAAUGAAUACUUUUUUGAUCGAAACCGUCCGAGUUUUGAUGCGAUACUUUAUUAUUACCAAAGUGGUGGCCGCUUGCGAAGGCCUGUCAAUGUUCCAUUAGAUGUUUUUAGCGAAGAAAUUACAUUUUACGAAUUAGGUGAACAAGCAAUAAAUAAAUUCAGAGAGGAUGAAGGUUUUAUAAAGGAAGAGGAGCGUCCACUACCGGAAAAUGAACUUCAACGAAAAGUGUGGCUGCUAUUCGAACAUCCUGACAGUUCGCAGGCAGCCCGUGUUGUAGCAAUAAUUAGCGUAUUCGUCAUUCUUUUAUCAAUUGUUAUCUUUUGCCUUGAAACAUUACCCAAAUUUAAGCAUUAUAAGAUCUUUAGCACGACAAUAAAAACGACAAAGAUAGAGGAGGAUGAAGUGCCCGAUUUAACAGAUCCAUUUUUUAUGAUUGAAACAAUAUGUAUUGUGUGGUUCACAUUUGAAUUCAUUGUGAGAAUAAUUUCGUGUCCAAACAAGCUUAGCUUCUUCAGCGAUAUGAUGAACAUAAUUGAUAUUAUUGCAAUUAUUCCUUAUUUUAUAACACUUGCAACAGUUGUUGCAGAAGAAGAAGACUUAAUGUUCUUACCAUUAGCACCCGUUAGUGCUCAAGAGAAACUGCCGAGUCAAGCGAUGUCACUCGCCAUACUUCGUGUCAUUCGACUUGUUAGAGUCUUUCGUAUAUUUAAAUUAUCACGACAUUCCAAAGGUCUGCAGAUUUUAGGACGUACAUUGAAAGCAUCAAUGAGAGAAUUGGGAUUGCUAAUCUUUUUCUUAUUUAUUGGUGUCGUACUGUUCUCGUCUGCAGUAUACUUUGCAGAAGCAGGAAGUGAUAGUUCGUUAUUCAAAUCUAUACCAGAUUCUUUCUGGUGGGCUGUUGUUACAAUGACAACUGUUGGUUAUGGUGAUAUGACCCCUAUCGGUGUGUGGGGCAAAAUCGUUGGUAGUUUAUGUGCAAUUGCUGGAGUAUUAACAAUUUCGCUGCCAGUGCCUGUAAUUGUCAGCAAUUUUAAUUACUUUUAUCACCUCGAAACUGAUCAAGAGGAAAUGCAAAGUCAAAACUUUAAUCAUGUUACUAGUUGUCCAUAUCUUCCCGGUGCAUUAGUUCAACAAGGAAGAGAACCAAAUUAUUCGAAAUCGCCAUCAGAAAUUGAUUCGCUCGAGUCAUCACCAGGAAUAAUAAGUGAUCAAACCCAUAUUGUUCCAUUUUUAGGAGCACCUUCGGAACUAAGAAAACAAAUGAAAAGUCAAAAUCAAACUUAUCAGGAACAAAAGAAAAUUUUAGCUGCUGGCAUCGAGACUGAUGUCUAAAUAAAUCGCGCUUUUUUUUCUUGAUAAAAAAAACAACAACAACAACAACAAUUUAGGCACAUUUAAUUAAUUUUUUUAGUAAGGAAAAGUUUUUAAAAAAAAAUUUAACCAGAGUUGAUCUUAUAAUUGAAGUGGCUUAAUUCCAAAAUAAAAACACAUGAUAUUGAUGCGUAAAUAAUAUGAGUGAAAUUUAAAUGAUUUAGAAAAAACAUAAAACGAAGAAAAAAAAACAGAUAAAAAAUCGUGACAACAAUUCCACUAGAUUUAAAAAAAAUCUUCCCAAUUUUCUGACUUUAGACUUAAGGCGCUCGUUUUAAUUUUCUAAUUAUCAAAUAGUAAAAAAAAAAAAUUAAAAAAAAAUAAAAAUAUAUCGAAACUUCUGAUAAAUUUCGCUUAAAGAAAACUAAGUUUUCGUCAAAUUUGAACGCAUAAAAAUGACAAAAAAAAAGUUCC